UCUCUCUUCUUACAAAAGAAAAAAACUGAUCAUCUAUCUAUAUAUACUUGUUUGCUUCGCUAAGCCUCUACAUAUAUAUUAUAUAUCCUUCUAAAAACCCACUGUUUUCCCUCACCUUGAAUUAUGCAACACUCCCAGCAGGAACCACCCCACGUAGCCAUUGUGCCCACUCCAGGGAUGGGCCAUCUCAUCCCACUCGUUGAGUUCGCCAAGCGACUCGUCGUCCACCACGAUUUCCUGGUCACCUUACUCAUCCCCACAGAUGGCUCACCCAUGAAACCUCAAAAGGCCGUCCUUGAAGCACUACCCAACGCCAUAUCCGCCAUAUUUCUUCCUCCCGUGAGCCUGGACGACCUCUCCGAGGACGCUAUGGCGGAGGCUCGGAUCUCACUCACCCUAACUCGGUCCCUCCCUGCCCUAAGAGACUCUUUCAAGGUCUUAGCCGAGUCAUCUCGGCUAGUGGCCCUGGUGGUUGAUUUAUUUGGUAUAGAGGCCUUUGAUGUGGCUAAAGAAUUCGGUGUUUCUUCCUACCUUCUUUUCCCUACAACCGCGAUGGUUUUGUCGUUGGUCUUUUACUUACCGGAGCUUGAUGAAACAUACUCUUGUGAGUACAGAGACUUGCCGGAACCUGUCAAAUUACCUGGUUGUGUGACGGUCCGUGGGACGGAUCUGAUAGACCCGAUUCAAGAUAGAAAGAAUGAGGUCUAUAAAGGGAUUCUACAAAUGGCCAAACGAUACCCUCUUGCUGCUGGAAUUAUGGUUAACAGCUUUUUGGAUUUGGAACCAGGUUCUUUUAAAGCUUUGAUGGAAGGAAAAGAGGGAAGGCCACCUGUUUACCCAGUUGGACCGCUAGUUCAGUCAGGUUCAGAUCAUGGGGCUUACGGUUUGGAGUGUUUGAGGUGGUUGGAUGAGCAGCCAAAUAACUCAGUGUUAUUUGUUUCAUUUGGUAGUGGUGGGACGCUUUCACAUGAGCAGCUACAUGAAUUGGCCUUAGGACUUGAAAUGAGUGGACAAAGAUUUCUUUGGGUUGUCAGGAGCCCACAUGAGAAAGCUGCCAAUGCAACUUACUUCAGCGUACAAAGCAUUAAGGAUCCUUUUGAUUUUCUUCCCGAUGGGUUCUUGGAGAGGACCAAAGGGGUGGGUCUAGUGGUGCCCUCUUGGGCUCCUUAGGUGCAGGUCCUAAAGCAUGGCUCCACGGGCGGGUUCUUGACCCAUUGCGGGUGGAAUUCAACCCUGGAGAGCAUUUUGCAUGGCGUGCCGUUGAUUGCUUGGCCACUCUACGCGGAGCAAAGGAUGAACUCCGUACUGCUAGCUGACGAUUUGAAGGUUGCUUUGAGGGUCAAAGUCAAUGACAAGGGUCUAGUGGGACACGAAGAUAUUUCAAACUACGCAAGAUGCCUGAUUGAAGGAGAAGAAGGAAAAUUGCUCAAGAGCAAAAUGAAAGAACUAAAGAUUGCAGCUGAUAGGGCUUUGAGCGAAGAAGGGUCGUCGACAAAAUCACUGGCGGAGGUGGCUCAGGUCAUGAAGAGUCACAAUUCAUGACAAAGAAUAAUAUAUUUUGAGUCGUUUGGUCUACAUGCAGCAGUUUUUGUUGUGCAAGAGUUCAAAUUUUAAGGGUUCAUCUAAAGACUAUGGAGAAUUGGGGAGCGGUGGAAUUGCGAAAGUCGGUGGAGUGAGGAGGCUUCGUCGGGAGAAAGGAGUGUGGUUUGUAAUUUGUACUGGUUUGGGAUUAGUAGCGUGUUUGUGGAGCUGAUGGCUGAGCUGGUCGUGUUGUGUAAAGCAAAUAAUUUGUAUAAUGCUCCAUUUGUUCCGAGGUUA